AUGCCGAUCCGAACUUUGCUUAGGUACUUGGCAAAUAACGAGCAUCUUGUCCAAAAAAUAGCAGAGUCAUACCCAGUGAGGAGAGCUGCACAACUAGCAGUCUCUAUAUUUUAUAGAGGCAAAGAAAAGCUUGGAGAUGUAGACCCUCAAAAAGUUAAUAGAUUAAUAUCAUUUUUGAAAAAAUUAAGUGAAAAUAUGAAAGAAGGUAUAGCAGAUGCUAAGAAACAGCUAAAAAAAUGA